ACUUCGACCAGCACUCGGCAUGGACGUAGAAUGAUUUGGCUGCUGUUUUGAUUAAAAUGUGUUUAACAAUUGACCAAGCCUGUGGAUUUUUGUUAUUAAACGAGUUCAGUGUGUUUACGUACUGUUGCAAAAAAUGCUCAAGUGAAUUUGGAUUGGGUGCGGAUUUGGAAUCACAUAUUUUACAUAAGCAUUCCGACGAUCAUAAGCAUGUGGAAAAUAUUUUCGUGAACGAUGGAGUGUUGGAAUCACCGUUGAUAGUGACUAUUAAAGCGGAGCCAGUGGAUCAAGACGAUCGUGAACAGUUUCUAGACAAUGGUGAACCAAAAGCUGAAAGAAUUGAGCAAAAAGCAGUGAAUUUCAAGCAGGAAGAAGGAAAUUUGAAGCAAAAAUGUGAGAGUUUUGAACGAAAAUCUGCAAAGUGUAAGCAAAAUUGCACCACAUUUGAACCAAAAUUUGCUGCUUCCGACCAAAAAGCAGUGAAUAAAAAGCAAAAAGAGGAAGAACUCUGCGAAAAUGUUGAUCCAAAAGAGGAAAAAUCCAUCGAAAAUAAGCAAAAUACCACAACAACGUCCGAAGAGGUGUCAAAUGGACCAUUAACUGAGAAUAAAAUCCAGUCAAUGAACUUGGUCGUAGACAGCAGCAGCAGCAGCAGCAGCAGUGAUAGUGAAGAUUUAAUCGAAGUGAAACCGCCAAAUGUAAAACCAUCACCAGAGAAGCGGACAAGGCGCAGAAGAAACGACGAUUCAACAUCGGAAUUGUUUUAUUGCGAUAUGUGUCCAAAAAAUAAGGUGUCAUUCAGUUGCAAAGAGAAUGUGCGACAGCAUAUGAGACGUCACAUCAAAAACAAAGUGCGAAAACAGUGUCCAAUCUGCUUGAAAACACCGAUGAACUACGAUAGACACAUGCAAUUCACACACAUGGAAGGCAAUCCAUACAAAUGUGACUACUGUUGUGCAGCAUUCAAAAACAAUUCAAAUCGAGUUAUUCACAUGCGUUCGCAUACAGGCGAAAGGCCAUUCAUUUGCGAUCACUGCGGCAAAUCAUUUGUGUCUCAAGACACACGAAGCAAACACAAUAUGCGAAUGCACACAAAACGACUACCGCAUGAGUGUCACGAAUGCAAUCGAUCAUUCAUUAGCCCGUCACAGCUUCAAGAGCAUUGCUAUGCAUUUCACUCAGAUGAACGACCUUAUAAAUGCGAAAUAUGCUCCAACAGCUACUCGACGAGGAAAUAUCUGCGCAAACAUAAAUUCUCGCACGGUGAAAAAACACAUCCGUGCAAAUACUGCGAGAAAAAGUUUAAAACAACCGAAACGAGGAGGUGGCACGAGAGAACCGUUCAUAAAGCCGUUUGAUGAGAUUCGAUUGAGAGCUCUAUAGAGUUCUAAUAUGAGUUUGAACGAAACUGAAAACAAAGAAGUGAAUCUAAAGAAUUGAAGAGAUUUUGAUCAAGGAGAUAAACGAGAAAAAAAUGUACUUAGACGAUUUUGUAAGGCGACCGUGUUAGGGGUGUGCAUUAUUAACGAAAAAAAGUUUAGUUAUUUCAUAAGAAUCAUAGAGGCGUCCUGGAUAAACAUGACAUACGAAAUAUUUUUUUAUUUACCGGUACAAAUACUCAUUUUGAUGCUCUCUACGUGAAAAUUGUUGUACGAUACUUUGUUUUUUUUUUUACUUCUUCGACAUAUUUUUUACCUUUUACUCGAUUUUUGUUUACAAUAUUGAAUUUUCAACCGAUGUUUUUGCGUCUUUUUGUUCCAUUUUUAGAUAUUUAUCUGUCAAACAGAUUCUGUUUAUCAGUCUUUUUGGUUGAUAAUAUCAACUUGAGAUUUGGUUUCAUUUGUUUUGUUGAUUUUUCAUUUAAUAUUUUUGUGACUUUCGAUUUUUGUCUAAAUUUUUUUUCUAAUGUUAUCAAUUUAUUACGUCGUUGUUUAAAAUCCAAAUGCAUUUAAUAGAUAUAAAUUAAUAGAUUAUUCCAACGUAGAUAUCUACCGUUUCUUGCCAGUUGUUAUGCAUUUUUGUUGAUUACAUUUUUAGUUUAAGUUUGGUGAUGUUAUUUUUUGAUCGGUGUUGGCUGCAGGUGAUAUUUGGAGAACUUCUUCGAUUGAAUCGAAUCGAUGCUGGAGAAAAGUUUCAGAUCAAAGAAGUUCUUUCCGAAGAAAGGAUUUCAAAUUGUGAUUAGGCUCCAAGUAGAUUAAAAGUUAUUUAACUUUACUUAAUUUUAAAAGUAAAAGAAAAAUUGUUGAUAUAGAUUUACCGGGGAAUGGAAUUUAAAAUGUUGGGCAAUUGGUUAGUUGGUUUGAUAUUUGGGAAAAGAGAUUGAAUUAUUCAAUAUAAACUGAUUUUUCAUAAAACAACGUUAUUUGUUUAGAAUCAAUCGGUGCUUGUUAUUAUAAUGAUAAGAAUUUAGGAAUUAAUUCGACGAGACAGAAGAAUCCAUAGAGUAAAAUAUGCCAAAUAAAUGAAAUUCAAUGAAAUUGUCAAGUGAAAACAAUUCAAUAAUUCAUUAAAAUUUUAAAAAAAUAAAUAAGUUUACUAGAAUGGAAAAAAAAGCAAAACAAACAGAUUCCGAUAAACGUGCUCGAAUGCGCGAAAUUCCAUAAAUUUGCCAAACGAAAACAAAAUUCGCAAUUAAUUAUAAGUCAGAACCUGUUCUUCUACCGACAGUAAUCGGUUGAUUUACAUUUGUUUCAUGUUUUGAUGAGAAAUAAAACUGGUUUCACAGAAGAAGAAAAAAAAAA